UGGUCUUCCCAUUUUUUUUUGGAUGGAUCCUUCUUCUCCGUGGCCCAUCUGCAGAAACCGACUAGAUCCUCCUUACAAUCAAAAGCCCAAAUCAUGAGGGUCGAAGGCCUCAUACGAUGAUCUUGAGAAGAAACCAAGUAGAGGGCUGUGUAACUUUCACUGCGUAGAGGUAGUGAUUCCAAUUCCGACAUGAAGUUCACAGAUUCUCCGGUAAUAGACCUUCCGGUGGGCGGCGCCGCCCUUUCCUUUCAGCAGGACAACGGUUCAAUGCACGUCGGCACCUCCGUCUGGCCCUGUUCUCUUGUCCUCGUCAAAUUCAUCGAUCGAUGGGCCUCAAUUACCCCCACAGAAAACCCUUACUCUUCUCUCCUCGAUUUCCGAGGCAAACGCGCCGUCGAGAUCGGCUGUGGAUGCGGUGUCGCCGGAAUGGGCCUCUACCUCCUAGGUCUCACCGACAUACUUCUCACCGAUAUUUCUCCGGUGAUGCCAGCCCUCAAACAUAACAUUAAACGGAACAAGCCGAUCCUCAAAAAAGCCCUAAAACACUCUGUUCUUUACUGGAACAACCCUGCUCAAAUCGCCGCCCUUAAUCCGCCGUUCGAUUUCGUCAUUGCUACUGAUGUCGUUUACAUUGAGGAAACGGUUGGCCCACUCAUUUCCACCAUGGAGGCGCUGAUUGGGAACGACGGUGUCGUUCUGUUGGGAUACCAAUUGAGGUCGCCGGAAUCGGAUAAACUGUUCUGGGAAAUGUGUGAUAAGGCUUUUCAAAUUGAAAAGAUUCCACAUGAAGAUUUGCACCCAGAAUUUGCCUAUGAGGAGGCUGAUGUUUAUGUUCUGAGGAAGAAAAAGGAGGAAACGGCAUCGGGGAGCUGAUGGGUUCGUGAAAUGGAGGAUCGUAAAACUAUGGUGUCUUGAUAAAAUUUUGUGUUUGAAGAACGGUGCACUUUUGAGCGAAAUUGAGAGUCUGACUAUCGAAGUGGAUAAUAUUGUAUUAUUAUGAAGAGUUUUACGUUGUUCUUGACACUACUAGAAGAAAGUUAUCUCUGAGAUCUCACAUCGGUCGGAGAUAGG